AAUAGGCUAAAUAAACAAAAUAUUAUUGUAUGCAUUUAAAUUAUAAGCAUAGUAUUUGAAUGCUUAAUAAAAACGUUUGUAAAAUGAAUCGACACAAAAAUUAAAUUUCACUUGAUGAGUAAAAGUCCAUGUAUCAAAGCAAAGUUGUUCUUUAUGCAAAUGGAUGAAAGUAUAAAGUAUUUGAGAGAAGUCAGUAUUUGUUUGACGUUUGCUCUGUGUUCAGACCUGAAGGGGGAGAUGACUAAAGAGGAAGUGCUGAAGGAGACCACGGAAGAAGACGCAGUCCUGGACCGGUCCGGUGUUCUUUCCCACGCUCCUGCUCGCCCCGUUAUUCACCAGGUGGCAUCUGCGCCCAUGCCCUCUGACUCUGAUUUCUCUUUCUUUGACCCCAGUGAUCCCCAGUGUAGGGUGGUGCUGUUGGAUCCAUGUACCACAGUGCCCGAGCUGUUUGCGGUUCUCAGACAGUGGGUCCCUCAAGUGCAGAAGAACAUUGCACUCAUUGGUAACGAGAUUCUGAAGAGAGGCUGUGGUGUCAAUGACAGAGAUGGUCUUACUGACAUGAGCCUGCUGCACUACUGCUGCAAAGCUGGUGCACCAGGCAUAGGUGACGUAGAGAGUGCAGCGAGUUUUGCCCGGAAGCUCUUAUCUCUGGGAGCAGACCCGUCUCUGCGCAGCCGCUGGACCAACAUGAGUGCCCUUCAUUACGCUGCCUACUUCGAUGUUCCUCACCUCAUCUGUGUGGUGUUGCAGGCGUCGCAGCCGGGAGAAGUGGAUGCCACCUGCAGUGAUUUUGACUUCGGCACUGCCUUGCACAUUGCUGCUGCUAACCUGUGCACAGCUGCGGUCCGCUGCCUGCUGGAGCUCGGAGCUAAUCCUGCAUUCAGGAAUGAUAAGGGACAAUGUCCGGUAGACGUGGUGCCUGAGCCUCUUGACAUGCCUCUUGAGAUGGCAGAUGCUGCAGCUCAGGCCAAAGAGCUGAGGACAUUGCUGAGGGACGUUCUACCCCAACCUGUCAUUCCUCGGCCUCUCGUUCUCGGGCAACCCCUCGACCUUCACUCGGAGAAGGCCCGAGCACAUCUCACCAACAUGGGCAUCCACCUCGGAGACAAGGUCGUCAUUGCUGGCCAGAAGGUGGGGACUCUGCGGUUCUGUGGCAGCACCGAGUUUGCUGGGGGUUUGUGGGCUGGUGUGGAGCUUCAGCAACCAGAGGGGAAGAAUGAUGGAUCCGUGGCUGGUGUUCAUUACUUUACCUGCCGCAUGAAACACGGAAUCUUUGCUCCUCUCUCUAAAAUCAGUAAAUUCUCAGAACGACGCAGACCCAUCCCUGUCUGCCCUCCUCGCCACAUCGACCUCUCCCGGGUCAAGUCGAAAGUCGACACAGGUGCUCUGUCACGUAGCUGUUCUACGUCAUCCUCCUCUCUGGACUCCAGACAUGCCCCUGUCCUCCACCCAGCAAUUCCAGCACCUCGACAGAGACGUCCCCUUCGCCCUCGGCAGGAACUAACACCUCCAAACUCCAGAUCUACUCCUCCACCAUCCUUGCAGUGUGGCUUGGCACGCAGCAGGACUCCGUCAGCUUGCAGCUCAGUAACAGAUGUUCCCAUGUUGCGAUUGGGAGAGCGAGUUCUCGUGAUCGGUCAGAGGACGGGAGUUGUCCGAUUUUAUGGCAAGACCAGCUUUGCCCCAGGAAUUUGGCUUGGGAUUGAACUGGAUAAGCCCAGUGGGAAGAAUGAUGGCUCUGUCAGAGGGGUGAAGUAUUUCAGCUGCCCACCUAAACAUGGAGUAUUUGCUCCACCUUCACGAGUGCAGCGGAUCCAUGGCUCUGUGGACUGCCUGUCAGACCUGUCCUCCUCCCGAUACAAUCACACCUUCACUGGAAUGCGUCGUAGUUUGAGCACCACUUCAGCCAUUGCCACACAGAGAGAGCCAAAUCGGAAGACUCAAGCUAACCGCAACCAUUUGUCCAGCACACCCCGACGAUGGAACACUCUCAGCUCUGCCUCGGCUGCAGCUUCUCUUCGAGGUCCAGGCACUCUAGGUGGCACAGUCAGCUCCUCUGGCGCGGACAGCGCUGUCAAACUGCACCUGGGCAUGCAGGUCCUGCUCAGCAGUGCCAAUGAAAUGGGCACCAUCCGCUACGUUGGCACUGCUGACUUUGCACCAGGCCUCUGGCUGGGCCUGGAGCUGCGCAGUGCUAAGGGGAAGAAUGACGGUUCAGUUGGCUCUAGGCGCUACUUUAGCUGUCGGCCUCUCCAUGGUGUCCUGGUGCGCCCGAGCAGGGUCACCUACCGCGGUAUUAAUGGAGCCAAGCUGGUUGAUGAAAGCAGCUGAGACCACAAGCUAUUAUCUUUUUUUUUCCACUUUCACCUGUCUCUCAGCUCUGUCAUGCUCUUUUUCUUCUCUAGUAAAUAAGCAGCUGGAUGGAUGGAGGGACGAUAUGCUGCCAGAGGACGAGAUGAAGCACUUUGAAAGCACAAAGGACAGGGUUAUUAGUCAGCAAUUCAGUCUCUGUAAUGAGAUUUAUUGUGUGUUGUUUGUGUUCUGGAUGAUGUUUACCGGGGAAUUGAGUUCAAUCAUUUGUUUUCCUACUAGAGAACGUUCACCUUGGAAGUGAGGUCAGUUAUUUAAGUUAUACUCAAGUUAUUAUUAAGUGAAAUUUAGUUAAUCCGUGAUUGUGAUUUUUUAAAAUUUUAUUUAUUUAUUUUUUUGUGAGAGCUCAAUAUUUUAUUUGGUUUGUUAGGUGAAUAGCUGAACAGUAGCAAUUUGUAAGCACUUUAAACAAAGAAAUUAUGCGCAUUAUUACAUUGACUUUCAUCAAGAAUAUGGUAUGAUUAACUGUGAACUAAUAAUAUUAAUGUUAUAAAGCAUUAGUAAGGUAUUAUGCACAUUGUCAAGAUGUUUAUGAAAAUGCCUUAUACUUUAUAGCAUUGUAUACUAUGUAAUAUGAAUUAACAUGAUGAAUUAUAAGCAGUGCUCAUAGCAUAUUAUAACACCAUUACCAAGGAAACCAAGCUGGGGCAGAAUUCUUUACAGUAUUGAUAUAAUGUGUUAUAAACCAUGCUUAUAAUGCAUUUUGUUUACAAUUUAUAAAUGUGUUAUAAACAUUGCUAUAAAUGGUAAUUAUUUUUCAUAAAUAAUUAUAACAAUUUGAAUAAUGCCUUAUGUAUGCAUUAUAACAAGAAAUUAUUGCAUUGAAAGGUCAUUAUAUGUAUGGCCUUCAUAGAAAAUGUUACUGUAGGGUGUUACUAUUUUUCCUUUAUGUUUUUCCCUUUGUGAUGCAUUUAUGAUUUAUGCAUAACCUUGGGAUAAAAAAAAAGAAAAAAAAAAAGAAUGAGUUCAUAUUGUUGAGAAUGAGGCCAAGAUCACUGCAUACAAUAGCACUUUAAUGGUGUUACUACUGAACUUGCACAUUUUCCCUCCCAAUACUAAUUUUUUUAAACAGUUGUGUGUGUGUAUAGACUUGGUUUAGUGUUGCUAUUUUUACUCUGAGCAUUUCGAUUUUGCUAAAGAAAGUGAAAAACAUAAUGGAAGCUUUCUCUCAAAGCCUUUGCCUAGUCAAAAUCAUUUAACUCACAUUUAUCAUUUACACUUCUGAUUUCCUUCUGAAUGCAUCUUCAGGAAAUAAAUUUUCCAGAAGACUUAUUCCAGUGUAGCUGUGUAUUCAUUUGAAAAAGUCUC